AAAAGGAUAAGAUUUGAAGAACAACGAUUUUAAGCGCAUUUCACAGUACUUUGGAAAAAUCAAAUACCAUAGAUCAUUUAUCAGAGGGUUUUAUUACUCAAUGAAAUCUGUUUGAAGACGUUUACGAAGGACGGAAAACUGGAUUUACACAGGCAAAGCAAACGGAAGCAGGGUAUAAGACAAAAUGCCAAUUCCUAUCAGCAAUAGGUAAAUUAGAUAGGCAUAUUUACCGACAAAUACUCCAGUCCAUGCCGUCUAAUCACAUCAUCUGUGUGACCGUAGCAGAAACGGAUGAAAUGAUGGUCAAAUACAGAAGCAAAAAGUAUUCUGUACGAAGAGCUGAAAAUGGUUCAAUUCUUCGGCGCAAAACUCGAAACGAAGGCUUUUAACAAAAACAAAAACUCGGACUUAACAGUUUUUAGUAAAAGAGAGAAGUAAGCAAGUUCUUGUUUGUUGGCCUCCAGUAAACAUUACACGUUUCGACAAUCUGUUCUUAGAAGCAUGAAUUAUCUUAAUAACUCAAGCUACCCCAACGCAAGUCGAUCGGGCGGUCCGCGUCCUGAACUGGAACCGAGGUACGCCGUCACUCUUCGCCUUACGUUGAGUGCUAUAAUCUGCUCCAUUGGAGUUCUGGGUAAUAUUUUGGUUGUUAUUAUCACAGGAGCAAACCGCGCUGGUAAAACCGCUGUACACAAGUACAUCCUCAACUUGGCUAUUGCAGAUAUCAGUGUACUGGCAAUUUGUUAUCCGCUGACUCUUGUGAAAGCCGCUGAUCCUGACAAUUGGCCCCUCGGAAGGUUUGUAUGCAAGUUUGUGUACCCGUUUACGGAUAUCUUCUACAGCGCUUCCAUAGGCUCCAUUGUUGCCAUAGCAAUGGACCGCCACACGGCAAUUGUUCGUGGAAUGACAGCAUACAGGUCGAGGACGAUUGCAAAAUGGGUGAUACUGGCAAUUUGGAUUGCAAGCUUCAUGAGUGUUGUGUUUCCAGUUUAUUUGGUAAUGGACUACAUAAAAAAUAACGGCACUGUUGACUGUACUCCAAUGUGGCCAAGUCACACCACCUUUGCCGUUUACGUGUUUUCGGUGACAAUUUUUUGGUACGUUAUACCACUGUUCUUGAUUCUAUGGGCGUAUCGACAGAUCGCAUGCAAGAUUCGCGACAGCAAAAUACUCCACAAAAAAAUGCAUAACAUGGUUGGCACUUACAAGAGAGAAAGAAAGAAAAAAUUCGAAACCGCAAACACAAAAGCUCUUAAAAUCCUCGUGCCGGUGGUGAUUGUCUUCGCUAUCACUAUGUUCCCAUUUCAUCUUCUUCAAGUAAUCAGAGUUUUCAUAGACGUGGGUCGCAUAAAAUACAUUUGGGUCGUGUAUAACAUAUUCAUUAUUCUAAUGGUGACAAACAGUGCUGCAAAUCCGAUUAUCUACUCCCUUGUGAGCGAAGAGUUUCGACAACAAUUCAAAAACAUUUUGAACUUUAAAUGUCAGCGUCUGUGCCACGAGCCGAGGAAAAAACAUGAUGCAUCCAUCACAUAUCGCUUUUCUGUUUCGGCAACUAUGCCUCCACCAAAUCCCGACCGGGAGACAGAUGUGUAGAAUGGGGAGCCUUGAAGCUAAACUCAAAUAAACUCACCAGCCAAUCAAAACAAAGGAAAAGAUUACAAGUAGCCAAUUAGAACUCAAAAUGAAAACAGCGAAAAAUAUUGUUGAAAGGAUGGCGGGAGUUUCCUUAUCUUCUUUUGGCGCCUAGGAUAUACAGAGAAAAGAACAACUAAAAUAAAACGAUCAAGGCCACGUCAAGGAUGAGAUGCUAAGAACUGGUAAUUUGAAAAGGGAAUUUGAACAGACUGCUUUAUCAAACGAGCGCGUGCUUCUCAUGAUCAGUCAAUUGCAUUUGAUAGACACGUGCAGUGUGCAAAGGGCGCAAAAAUAGCUUAAAUAAAAAAAAUAGCUUAAGUGUUCAACCUCUCAGUGACUCACGCGUAAGUUAGUCCUAUCAUAGUAUUCUAAAAAAAAGGGAAAGAGUUGAAAAGAAUGGGAAAUAUAGCAUUAGCAAUAGGGCAUUAUCUUGAUACAACAACAAAUUCUGUCAACUCCCAUGAGUGUGACCAAGACAGAAUUUCUCCUUACAAUAUCAAAACAAUAUCAAAUAGACAA